UCAUAUCAUAUAUUCCUCGGCUCCCUCCUCUCUCCUCUCUCCCAGAAGUCAAAAACAGAAAAUGGCGACAGCCUCCUCCGCUAUCCUCUCACCGGCGACCUUCUCCGCCGCCGCAACCAACCCUAGGUCCAUCUCCUUCCACGGCCUCCGACCCAUCCGCCUGGGCUCCUCCGCCAUGCCCAGGCUCUCCUCCCCCGCCGCUAGAAGAUCCUCCGCCGCCGUGGUGAAGGCGGAGCUCAACCCCUCCGUCGUGAUCAGCCUGAGCACGGGUCUCUCCCUCUUCCUGGGACGAUUCGUGUUCUUCAACUUCCAGAGGGAGAACGUGGCCAAACAGGGCUUGCCUGAGCAGAACGGGAAAACCCACUUCGAGGCAGGAGACGAUCGAGCCAAGGAGUACGUGAGCCUGCUGAAAUCGAACGACCCGGUUGGAUUCAACAUCGUAGAUGUUCUUGCUUGGGGCUCCAUCGGACACAUCGUUGCUUACUACAUCCUGGCCACUUCCAGCAAUGGUUAUGAUCCCAACUUCUUCGGUUGAUCGAGUUCUCCAUGGUAACGCCAUGUAUAGUUAAUGCUUACUUGCCUCGCAAAUCAUAUGAAUGUACUCCCUCUUUCUUGCUCUUCCUCUGUUGGUUGUUUGUUUUUCUAUGAUCUUUGCUUCUGUCUGCCUCUUGGGUCGGAGGCGUUUUUGUGUUAGUGGGCGUGGGCUCCGAGUAAAAGCCACAGAGAACUGCGUGCCGUUCUUGUUUUCUUUUAAUCGGGCCAAUUUUAUGUCGCUGGGCCUGGGCCAGUCAAGCCAGAAAGCACUACGUGCCGUUCUUUU